UGGAUACCAGGACCUGAGUUCCAAGGUGUUAAAACUAUGGGGUUAAAUCUUGGUUCACAAUCUCAAGGUGUCAAACCUGGAGAGUUGAAAUCUUCCACAGAGUCAGGAGGUGUAAAGUCAUCUCAACUGACUCUAGGGCCAAAACUUCAAAGUACAACAUCUAUGGAGUUUAACCUUGGGUCACAGUUGCACUUUGUGAAAGCUCCUGAGUUGUCCCAAGGACCACAGCUGCAAAAAGAGAAAAUUCCAGCAUCGACCUCACAGUCAUAUUUUCAAGGUGUGAAAACUGUGGAGUUAAACCAAGACUCAAAGCUUGGAAGUGCGAAAUCUGUGCAGUGGAUAUCAGGACCUGAGUUCCAAGGUGUAAAAACUGUAGGGUUGAAUCUUGGUUCACAGUCUCAAGGUGUCAAGCCUGCACAGUUGAAAUCCUCCACAGAGUUGGGAGGUGUAAAAUCAUCUGAACUGACUCUAGGACCAAAACCUCAAGGUGCAAAAUCUGUGUUUAGCUUUGGGCCACAGUUGCAAUGUGUGAAAACUCCUAAGAUGUCCCAAGGACCACAGUUGCAGAACAGGAAAAUUCUGGUGUCAACCUCAGAGCCACAGCUUCGAGGUGUAAAAGAUGUGGAGUUAAACCAAGACUCACAGCUUGGAAGUAUGAGCUCUGUGCAGUGGAUACCAGGACCUGAGUUCCAAGGUGUGAAAUCUGUGCUAAAAUGUGGUUCACAGUCUCGAGUUGUCACAACUGUAGAAUUGAAACCUUCAAUACAAUUAAGAGAUGUGAAGUCAUCUGAGUCGAUUCCAAGGCCAAAGCUCCAAAGUAUACAACCCUUGACAUCACUCCAGGAACAUCAGUUGCCACGGCUCGAACCUAUUGAGUUGAAAUCUGGGCUACAGUUGAGAAGUGUGAAAUCAUGUGGCCCGAUUUCAACAUCAAAGCUGUGUGAUAUUAAAUCUGUGGCAUUCAAACCUGGGCUUCAUUCACAAGAUGUGAAAUCUUCUGAGUUGACCCCAAGACCACAGUUGCACAAAGUGAAACCCGUGGAGGCAUACCCAGGAACACAGCGGCAAGAUGUGAAGUCUCCAGUGUUUACACAAGAGCCACAGUUUUCAGGGGUGAAAUCUGGAGUAUUAAGCCAAGAGCUACAAUUACAAAGUGAUAAAACUGUAGCGCCGAACUUCUUACUACACUUGAAAAGCAUGAAAUCAUCUGAAUUGGCUUAUCAGACAAAGCUUCCAGGUAUGAAAUCUGAGGAGUUCAACUCUGGGCCACAAUGGCAAUGUGUCAAAUCUUCUAAGUUGAGCCCUAAGACAAAGUCCCAAGACAUGAAGUUUAUAGAGUUAAAGCCCAGUUCACAAUUGAAAGAUAUCCCAUAUUCUGAUUUGACCACAAAGACCAAGAUUCAGGGUGUCAAAUCUACAGACUUCAAACCUGGGCCACAGUUGCAAGGAGUGAAAUCUUCUGAGUCGAUACUGAAGACAAAGCUUCAAGAAAUGAAAUUAAUGGAACGCAACCUAGGCCCAUGGUUGCAAGAUUUGAAAUCUUCUAGGUUGAUCAUAGGUAUAGAGCUUCAAGACAUUAAAUCUAUGGAUCUCAGUUCUGCACCACACUUACAGAGUGUGAAAUCUUCUGAAGUGAUUCCAGGGGAAAAGCUUCAGGGUGGGAAAUCAGUAGAAUUCAAACCUAGUCCAAAGUUACAAAGUGAGAAAUCUGAUUUGACCCUGGGGAGGAAGUUUCCAGGUGUGAAAUCUGUAGAGCUGGAAUCAGGCCCACAGUUACAAGAUAUAAAAUCUUCUGAUCUGAUCAUGGGUAUAAAGCUUCAAGAUGUAAAAUCUAUGAAGUUCCGUUCUGGACAACACUUUCAAGGUAUAAAAUCUUCUGAGGUAACCUCAGGGACAAGGUUUCAAAGUAUGAAAUCAAUGGAUUUCAAUUCUGGACAACAGAUACAAAGUGAAAAAUCUUCUGAGUUGAUUCAGGGAACAAACCAUCAAGAUGUAAAAUCUGUAGAAUUCCACCAUGGUCCAAAGUUACAAGGUGUGACAUCUUCUGAGUUAACACCAGAGACAAAACUUCAAGGUGAGGAAUCUGUGGAGUUCAACUCAGGCCCACAGUGGCAAGAUACAAAAUAUUCUAACUCAAUCAUGGGGACAGAGCUUCAAGAUGUAAAAUCUAUGGAGUUCAGUUCUGGAUCACACUUGCAAGGUAUAAAAUCUUCUGAAGUGAUCCCAGUGACAAAGCUUCAAAAAGUGAAAUCUGUGCUCAUGCCUAGGCCAAUGAGGCAAGAUGUGAAAUCUUCUGAAUUGACUCUAGGUACAAAGGUACAGGAUACGAUAUCUUUGGGGUUAAACUCAACUUCACAGUUACAAGAUAGAAAAUUAUCUAUGUUGACACCAGGGAUACACCUUCAAGAUGUGAAAUCUGUAGAAUUCAAUCCUGGGGCAAAGUUGGAAGAUAUGAAAUCUGGGUUGAUAAAGCUUCAGACAGUGAACUCUACAGAGGGCAACCAUGACCCAGAAUUGCAGGUUGCAAAACUCUCUGAGUUGGCCUUGGAAUCAAAGAUUCAUAGUGUGGCACCUUCUGAGUUCAAUGCUAAAAAGCAGCAGCAAGAUGAAAAAUCUCAUAAAUUGAAUCCAUGGCCAGACCUUCAAAGUGUAAACUUUAUGGUGUUCAAUCCUGAGUCACAUCUGCAACAUAGAAAAUCUUCAGAAUUAUGCACAGGGACACAGCUUCAAGAUGUAAAAUCUAUGAAAUUCAAUCUUCAGCAACAGUUGCAGGGUGUGAAAUCUUCUGAGUUGUGCCUAGGAACAAGGCUUCAAGGUACACAAUCUUUAGAUUUCAACCCUGGACCACAAUUGCAAGGAUUAAAAUGUGCCAAGUUGACUCCUGGGCCUGAGCUUCAAGGUAUAAAAUCUAAGGUGUUCUGCCUUGGACCAUGUUUGCAAGAUGUGAAUUCUUCUGUAUCCAUUCCAGAACCACCACUUCAGUGUAUAAAUUCUACUGGGUGCAACCCUGGGCUACCUUUGCAAGGUGUAAAUUCUGCAUCCAUUCUAGCACCUAAACUUCAGUGUAUAAGUUCUAAUGGGUGCAUCCCUGCGCCAAAUUUGCGAGGCGUGAAUUCUUCUGCAUCCAUUCCAGAGCCACCACUUCCAUGUGUAAAUUCUACUGGGUGCAGCCCAGGGCCACAUUUGCAAAGUAUGAAUUCUGCAUUCAUUCCACAGUCACAUGCUCAGUGUAUAAAUUCUAUUGGGUGCAACCCAGAGCCAUAUUUACAAGGUAUGAAAUCGCCUGAAUUAACUCCAGUUUCAAAACUUCAAGGUAUGAAUUGUUCUGAAUUGAACCCAGGGACAGAAAUUCAAAGUGAGACACCUAUGAUAUUCAACCCUAUACCACAUUUGCAAGGUUUAAAAUCUGAAUUGACUCCAGGGUCAAAGUUUCUAUGUGCAGCACCUAUGGAAUGUAACCCUGGGCCACAGGUGCAGUAUGUGAGUUCUUCUGAGUUGAAUCCAGGGCUAAAAUUACAAUGUAUAAAUUCUAGGGAGUGCAAACUUGAGCCACACUUGCAAGGUGUAAAAUCAGGGACAAAAUUUCAAGUUAUGAAAUCUUCUGAGUUGCAUCCAGGGCCAGAGCUUCAAGGUAUAAAAUCUGUUGUGUUCAACUCUGUGCAACAUUUACAAGAUGUAAAAUAUGAACUGACUCCAGGGACAAAAUUCCAAGAUAUAACACCAAAAGAGUUCAACUCUGGCCCACAGCUGCAAGGUAUGAAUUCUUCUGAGUUGAAUUCAGAGUCAAAAUUUCAAUGCAUAAAUUCUAUCAACUUUAAUCCAGGGCCACAGAUACAAAGCAUGAAACCCUCUGAACUGAACCCUGGGUCAGAAUCUCAAAGUACAAAAUCUAUUCUGUUCAAUCCUGGACCACACUUGCAAGGUAAGAAAUCUUCUGAGUUAACUCCAGGAGCUAAGUUUCAAGGAGUCCAAUUUUUGGAGAAGCACCUUGGCUCACAGCAAGUUGUACAACCUGUGUUCACUUUGGGUCCUCAGAAAAAUGGUAUGAAAUCCGUGGUAUUUUUACCAGAGCCACUGCUUAACGAUGUAAAGUCCAUGGAGCUAAAUAAACAGCCAUUGCUUUAUGAUGCAAAUUCUGCAAAAAUGAUUUCAGCCUCUGAGCUGCCGGACAUAAAAUAUGAGGUAUUUACAUUAGAGCCAUGUUUUCAAAAAGUGACAUCUGUGGAGUUAAAACCAGAACCGUAUCCUCAAGGUAUGAAUUCUGAGGAGUUGCAUUCACACCUCAGGCAGCAUAGUAUGAGAUCUGUGGUAUUUGUACCAGAGCCAUGUUCUCAAGAUGUGAAAUCUGUGAAGUCAACUCUAUGGCCACAACCUCAAAGUGUAAAUUCUUCAGGGUUGACAUCAUGCUUUGGGUCACAAUGUGUUAAAUCUGCGGCCUUUGCAUCAGAGCCAUGUUCUCAAGAUGUAAAACCUAUGGAGCUGACACCAGGGGCCCAACAGCAAGGUAUAAAUUAUCAAGAGUUGACUUCAGGAUGGCAAGAUGAUGAAUCAAUGAUGUUGGCACCAGAGUCAACUAGGAAGUUCCCAUCAGGACCACUGUUGACUAGUGUCAGAUUUUCAAAUUUGUCUCCAGAAUCACAGCAACAAGGUGUGAAAUCUUUGGAGCCAAAGUCGCAAAGCAUAAAACAUGUUAAAUUAUCUUCAGUGUCUCUGCAGGAAGCUAUAAAAUCUGUGGAAUUAGCACCAGAGUCACUGCUUCAAAGAGUGAAAUAUGGGGAGCAAACUCCAAAAACAAAUUAUCAAAUCAUGGAAUCCUCUGAAAUAAUCCCUAGACCAGGGCAUCAGUUUACAAAAUAUGCAGAGAUGAUCCCACAGCCAAUGUAUCAAGUCCCUAAAUCUGCAAAUUUGAUUUCAAUACCAAUUUAUCAUGCCACAGAAUCUUCAGAAAUAGUGCAAGGAUUGGCACAUAAAGGCAUAGAUACUGUAGAGAAAUCUGUGGGGUUGACCCCAAAGAUAACAGGUAGAGCCAUUGAAUCCUUAGGGAUGCUGCUGCAGCCAGAUCUUCAGGUACCAAAAUUUGUUGAUCUGACUCCAAUGGUAAGGGAUCAAGGCUCAAAAUUCUUAGGAUUAACUCCAGAGAAAAGCUACCAAAUCCUAGAAACUAUGGAAUUGCUCUCUCGGCCACGGGCCCGAGUCAAGGAUUUGGGGGAGUUAUAUAUGAAGCCACUGCAGCAAACUGUGGAAUAUGAAGGGAUUACUCCGGAACUCAAGCAUUACUUUACAGAAGCUAUGAGGUUGACCACUGAGGCAAGGAUACAUGCAAAUGAAUUCUUUGGAAUGACCCCAAAGCCAACAAGUCAAGCCACUGGAUUUGCAGAGAGAUCCCCAAGGCUCUGUACUCAAAACUUAGAAUGUGUGGAGGCGAUCUCUGAGAAAAGACUGCAAAGGGAAGAAUCUGUGGUAUUGAUUCCAAAGUCAUUACAUCACGUCCCAGAUUCUGCUUUAGGGAUGACACCUGGGUUAGGACAUCGAGUUCCUGAAUCUGUGGAGUUGACUUCUGAGUCAGGAGUGCAGGUAGAGAAAACUUUGCAAUUAACCCCCAAACCACAGCAUCAUGUGGUAUCUCCAGGGAUAAUAUUAGGGUUAGGACAUCAAGUCCCAGAAUCUGUAAAUCUGACCUGUAAGCAAUGGCUACAAAGGGAGGAAUCUUUAGAGGUGCCCCUGAAGCAAACAAGUCAAGUUAUAGGACAUGAAGAAUCUGUAGAGCUCACCUCUGAGGCACAGCAGCACAGGGAGGUAUCAAUGGGGCUAACAAAGUCAAAGAAUCAAAGUAUGAAAUCUCCAAGGACAACCCCAGGACCACUGGGUAGAAUUGUAGAAUUUAUGAGGAUUAGUCCAGAGCCACUAGAUCAAGUCACAGAAUCUGCAAGGACACAGCUUCAUGUUGCUCAGUCUGAAGAGGUAAUCCUCGUAGAUGUCCCAAAAGUUGUUCAAUCUCUGAAAGUGACCCCUGGACCACCAUUUCAAAUUGUAAAGUCUGUGACAAUACCAAGGCCAACCCCUCAAAUGGUAGAAUAUAUUGAGUUGACUCCAAAACUGCAACAUGUGAGACCUUCAGAGCACCACUCAGGGCCAUGUUUGCAAGAUGUGAAAUCUACUAAAUUAAUCAUAAAGCCAAAACACCAGAUUUUGGAAACAAUGGAGUUGACAGGGUUUCAAAUUGUAAAAACUAUGCUAAUCCCAGGGCCAUCCCUUCAAAUCGUAAAAUCUGAGGAAUUAGCACCAGGACCAAUUCCUCAGGUUGUAGAACCAAUAGGAGUAGCCUUAGAAUCAGGAAUUGAAGCAAUAAAUUGUGUGGAUUUACUUCCAAGGCCACAUCUUCAAGAACUUAUAGUACCUGCAGAAUUAACUCCAAGGCCACGUAUUCAAGUGAAAUCUGAAGAAUUAACCUCACCGCAAACAUCUCCAUUUGAGAAACAUACGAUAUUGACUCAUAAACAAGGGCUUCAGGCUGUGAAAUCUACAGUGAUAAAAACGGAGCCUCCUAAAGUUAUGGAAACUAAGGAUUUGAAUCUAGGACAGGUGUGUCAGAAUAGGGACUGUGAGAAGUUAACAUCAGAAGAGUUACAAGUAGGGACUGACUUCUCUAGGUUCCUACAAAGCUCUUCAACCACACUCAUUUCAAGCUCUGUCAGAACAGCAUCUGAAUUAGGAGGACUUUGGGAUUCUGGGAUACAGGAAGUAUACAGAGCUUUGGAUAUAAAAAACCCUGGGACAGAUAUUUUGCAGCCUGAAGAGACCUAUAUAGACCCUACUAUGAUACAAUCUUUAAUUCUUCCCUUGGCCCUUCAUAAUCAAAGCUCUGAUAAGACAGCUAACACUGUGGAAAACCCAUGUCCUGAGAUUCCAGGAGUGGAUGUCAUAUCUAAAGAGACAACUAAGAGGAAGCAAAUGGAGGAGCUAGAGAACUCACUUCAGAGACAUCUACUACAAAGCUGGAGAUCACUAUCUAGGACAUUCCGGGCAGAAUCAGGGGUUCAAAAAGGUCUCAUCAAGUCUUUCCUGGGUAGACAACACAAUGUCUGGGAGAGUCAUGCCUGGAGGCAGCGACUACCAAGAAAAUAUCUCUCCACUAUGCUAAUGCUGGGUAAUAUUUUAGGGACCACUAUGGAAAGGAAACUUUGUUCUCAAACAUCUUUAGCAGAAAGAGCCACUGCAGAUACCUGUCAAUCUAUUCAGAAUUUAUUUGGGAUUCCAGCUGAACUGAUGGAAGCUUCUCAGAGCCUGCCAGAGAAGGGUCCAGUUACUAUUUCUCAGCCUUCCGUGGUCAAAAACUACAUUCAGAGACACACUUUUUAUCAUGGUCAUAAGAAAAGAAUGGCCUUAAGGAUAUGGACACGUGGCUCCACAUCUUCCAUAAUACAGCAAUAUUCUGGGACUAGAGUGGGAAUAAAAAAGACAAAUUCAAGGUUCAGUGGUAUAUCCCAAGAAGUCAUUCAGCAUAUGCCUGUCUCAUGUGCAGGGGGCCAGCUUCCUGUCCUGGUAAAGUCAGAGUCUUCCCUCAGCAUAUUUUAUGAUAGAGAAGAUCUUGUUCCAAUGGAAGAAAGUGAGGACUCACAGAGUGAUUCCCGGACAAGGAUUUCUGAGUCCCAACACUCCCUCAAGCCAAAUUAUCUUUCCCAGGCUAAGACUGACUUCUCAGAACAGUUCCAGCUGCUACAAGAUCUGCAGCUAAAAAUAGCAGCAAAACUCUUAAGGAGUCAAAUACCCCCUGAUGUGCCUCCACCUCUAGCUUCAGGUCUAGUCCUAAAAUACCCUAUCUGCCUACAGUGUGGCCGAUGUUCAGGACUUAACUGCCAUCAUAAAUUACAGACCACUUCGGGGCCUUAUCUUCUUAUCUAUCCACAGCUCCAUCUUGUACGCACUUCUGAAGGCCAUGGUGAGAUUCGGUUGCAUCUUGGCUUUAGGCUGCGAAUUGGGAAAAGACCCCAAAUCUCAAAGUAUCGUGAAAGAGAUAGACCCAUCAUACGGAGAAGCCCUAUAUCACCAUCACGAAGGAAAGCUAAAAUCUAUACUCAAGCUUCCAAGAGUCCUGCUUCCACAAUAGAUUUGCAGUCUGGGCCUUCCCAGUCCCCUGCUCCUGUACAAUUCUACAUCAGGCGAGGACAACGCAGCAGCCCUGACCUAGUAGAAAAGACAAAAAUUAGAGUACCUGGGCACUAUGAAUUCACUCAAGUUCACAACCUACCAGAGAGUGACUCUGAAAGCACUCAGAAUGAAAAACGGGCUAAAGUGAGAACCAAAAAGACCUCUGAUUCAAAAUAUCCAAUGAAGAGAAUCACCAAGGGACUUAGAAAACACAGAAAGUUCUACAAAAACAGCAGAACCACAACAGAGAGUCCCUCUAGGGAAUUACCAGCCCAUUUAAGAAGGAAGAGGAUUGGAGCAACUCAGACAAGUACUGCCUCUUUAAAAAGACAACCUAAGAAACCUUCCCAGCCCAAGUUCAUGCAACUGCUUUUUCAGAGCCUAAAGCGGGCAUUCCAAACAGCACACAGAGUUAUAGCUUUUGUUGGGCGGAAGCCUGUGGACAGGACAAGGCCAGACAAUUUGUGGGGAAGCAAAAACUAUUAUCCAAAACAAAACACCAGGGACUAUUGCUUACCAAGCAGUAUCAAAAGAGACAAGAGGUCAGCUGACAAGCUAACACCAGCAGGCUCAACCAUUAAGCAGGAGGACAUAUUGUGGGGAGGAACGGGCCAGUGCAGAUCAGCUCAACAGCAAAGAAGAGCUCACUCUUUCCAACCUAGACCUCUUCGACUGCCCAAGCCUACAGAUUCCCAAAGUGGUAUUGCUUUCCAAACUGCCUCGGUGGGGCAGCCUCUGGGAAGUGUUCAAAAGGACAGUAGUAGCAGAUCAAAGAAAAACUUCUAUAGAAAUGAAACCUCAAGCCAGGAGUCUAAGAACUUGUCCACACCAGGAACCAGAGUUCAGGCCCGAGGAAUAAUCCUACCUGGUUCCCCUGUGAAGAGAACCUGGCACCGACACCUUAAAGAGAAACUCACACACAAGGAGCACAACCACCCCAGCUUCUAUAAGGAGAGAACCCCACACAGUCCUUCCGAGAGAACCCGUCAUAACCCCUCUUGGAGAAACCAUCGCAGUCCCUCUGAGAGAAGCCAACGCAGUCCCUGGGAGAGAAGACAUCACAGUCCCUCGGAGAGAAGACAACACAGUCCCUCUCAGAGGAGCCACCGUAGUCCCUCUCGGAAAAACCAUUCCAGUCCCUCUGAGAGAAGCCGUCGCAGUCUCUCUUGGAGGAAUCACUGCAGUCCCUCAGAGAGGAGCUGUCACAGUCUCUCUGAAAGGGGCCCUCGCAGUCCCUCUCAGAGGAGCCAUCGCAGUCCCUCUCAGAGGAGCCAUCACAGUCCCUCUGAGAGAAGCCAUCGCAGUCCCUCUCAGAGGAAUCAUCGUGGUCCCUCUCAGAGAAGGUAUCAUAGUCCCUCAGAAAGAAGCCGUAGCAGUCCCUCUGAGAGAAGACAUCGCAGUCCCUCUGAGAGAAGACAUCACAGUCCCUCUGAGAGAAGAUACUGCAGUCCCUCUCAGAGGAGCCACAGCAGUCCCUCUGAGAGAAGACAACACAGUCCCUCUCAGAGAAGACAUCGAUCUCCCUCUCAGAGAAGAUAUCAUAGUCCCUCAGAAAGAAGCCGUAGCAGUCCCUCUGAGAGAAGACAUCGCAGUCCCUCUGAGAGAAGACAUCACAGUCCCUCUCAGAGGAGCCAUCGCAGUCCCUCUCAGAGAAGACAUUGCAGUCCCUCAGAGAGAAGCCAUCGCAGUCCCUCUGAGAGAAGACAUCGCAGUCCCUAUGAGAGAAGACAUCACAGUCCCUCUGAGAGAAGACAUCACAGUCCCUCGGAGAGGAGCCGUCACAGUCUCUCUGAGAGGAGCCAUCGCAGUCUCUCGGAGAGGAGCCAUCGCAGUCCCUCUGAGAGGAGAUCUCACAGGUCCUUUGAGAGGAGCCAUCGUAGGAUUUCUGAGAGAAGUCACAGUCCCUCAGAGAAGAGCCCCCUCAGUCCCUUGGAAAGAAGCCGUUGCAGUCCCUCUGAGAGGAGAGGACACAGUUCCUCUGGGAAAGCCUGUCACAGUCCCUCUGAGAGAAGCCAUCGCAGUCCCUCUGGGAUGAGGCAAGGGAGGCCCUCUGAGAGAAGCCAUCGCCGUUCCUGUGAGAGAACCCGUCACAGUCCCUCUGAGAUGAGGCCAGGGAGGCCCUCUGGGAGGAACCAUCGCAGUCCCUCUGAGAGGAGCCGACGCAGUCCCCUUAAGGAGGGACUCAAGUACAGUUCCCCUGGGGAGAGGCCCAGCCAUAGUUUGUCUAGAGAUUUCAAGAAUCAGACAAGUCUCCUCGGCACCACACAUAAAAAUCCCAAAGCAGGACAAGUGUGGAGGCCUGAAGCUACUCGAUGAGGCGAGGCCCGCCCCUAUUAUUCAUUGUCCUAAGUCUUCAUCGUGCUGCCCUUUCCAGGCUUCUUUCCUGCUCAGCCACUGCCUCCAAUUCCUGCGCCCCCAGCGUGGAAAGGCUUCCAUGUCUCUCUACCGGGGGGAGGCGUGUGAGAAUGGGUCUGUAAUUUCUCUAAGAUCAAUAAAGGGGCAGUACAUGA